CUUUAAGAAAAUGGGGAACUAGGGAGAACACUUUCGUUUCCUUCUUUGUUUUCUUAAUAAAACCUACAGGCAACUGUUUAUGAGGCGAAAGUUUCAUUAGAGGCUCGAUAUAAGUUCCUAGGAUUUAAUCUUUUAAACGACUUUGCAGCCUUUGUCACUAUAGCGACGUUCAUCGUUUCCACUUUGUGAUCUACCUGCAUUACUGUGGUGAGAGAGCAGCGCGGCCGGCAGAUGGCAGCAGUGAUCACCGAGGAUAACGUGUACAGCGAGGCUGAGGUGAAGGGCGCGCCGCCUGCUGAUGGACCGGAUCAAGUGCAGCCCGCUGCUGAGCCAAACAUACAGGGACAGGUGGAGGAGUUUCUCGGCCCACAUCCUGACUAUGAUGAGGAGGAGGAGGAGCGCAAGUACUACAGACGAAAGAGGCUGGGUGUAGUGAAGAACGUGGUGGGGGCCAGUUGCGGAGGAAUGAUCAUCUACAGUGUUUACAUGGGUCUGUUACAGAUGCAGUUAAUUCUGCACUACGAUGAGACGUAUAGAGAGGUCAAGUAUGGCACCUUGGGGCUGGAGGAUAUCGACAACAAAAUGCUGAUGGGCAUCAACGUUACACCUAUUGUCGGCCUGCUCUACACGCCGGUGCUCAUUAGAUUUCUUGGCACUAAGUGGAUGAUGUUCCUGGCAUCAGGCAUCUAUGCUCUCUUUGUUUCAACCAAUUACUGGGAGCGAUAUUACACUCUUGUACCGUCAGCUGUGGCCAUCGGUGUUGUCAUUGUUCCUCUUUGGGCGUCACUGGGAAACUACAUCACCAGAAUGGCCCAGCAGUAUUAUGAGUAUGUGAACUAUAAGGACGAACAUGUCCAGGAGCAGAAGAAGCCCCCCAAAGGAGCCUUCCAUUCUUACAUCAUCAUUUUCCAGUCCGUCUUCUACAUCAUUUUCCAUCUGAGUUUCGUCUUUGCCGAGUUCCCCAUGGUGCUGUUCCUCAAUAAAUAUCUGAAUGAUUACAAACACACUCUCUUCAAAGUCACACAGUGUGGAGCCUCCGGGAAAGGGGUGAUAGAGAAUUUAAACAAGACAGUUUUGCUCAGCUUGCCUCGCUCUCUGCUGCUUAUCGAGGUGGAGAGUGUGCUCAUGGGAGCAGCCUUCCUCGCCAUGCUUAUCUUCCUGGUGUUGUGUGGAGCUGCAUAUCGGCCCACUGAGGAGAUUGACCUCCGCAGCAUCGGCUGGGGGAACAUCUUCCAGCUGCCCUUCAAGCACUUACGAGACUACCGACUCCGUCUGCUCUGUCCGUUCUUCGUCUACUCUGGCUUUGAAGCACUCUUCGCCAUCCAGGGACUCAUACUGUCAUAUGGAGUGUGUGCAGUAGGGAUGGAGAAGCUGUGGUUGUUAGUUAUGGUGUAUGGUUUGUCAUCCUCCAUCUGUUCGGGCCUGGCCCUGACGCUGCUGCGCUUGCCCAGGCCAGUUAUUCUUCUGGUGGGCGCCUUCGUGCACUUUGUGCUAAUUAUAACCCUUAUGUGCUGGUCACCCCAACCACGAGAGCCUAGCUAUCUUCCGUAUCUGUUGGUGCUCACUGCCCUUUGGGGUCUGGGCACUGCGCUCAACAAGACUGGACUGAGCACUCUGCUGGGGAUGCUGUAUGAAGACAAGGAGCGACUAGACUUUGUUUAUACCAUCUACCACUGGUGGCAGGCCAUUGCAAUCUUCAUCGUCUAUCUUUGGUCUGCAUUGCCUAUGCGGGCGAAGCUUGGACUCCUCCUCCUGGCUCUCAUAGUGGCAUGUUUCUGCUACGUGCAGAUGGAGCGUCGCCUGGCGAAGAAAAUUCCGUUCAGGUUGCCCAGGAUUCCCCGUCCACGACACAAGGUCAAAGGUUACCGAUACCUUGAGGAAGAAAAUUCUGAUGAAUCCGACACAGACUUUAGUGAUGCUGAUGCUGAUGCUAAUGAUGAUGAGAAAGAUGAGGAUGAGAGAGGGUUGGUUGAGGAGGACAGAAAUACAGACAACGAUUCCCAGGGUUCACCGGGACCGGAGAGGAGCGGGGUUAGGGACCGCAGGAAGAAACAAGACAACGCUGCCUACGAACAGGCGGGAGAGAGAGAGGACUAUGUCCAACACACAAGGGACUAGAAAAGGAGAGGUGAAAAGGUACGACUGGGGAUUGGAAAGAGAUGAGAAGAUGUUGUAAAAUAUUGAAUAGCCAGAUUGAAAGAGAAGCGAUGGUAUGGGAUACGUUUACUCACUUUUAUAUUAAAUAAGGCUUUUUUUCUUUGGAAAGGAAAAGUGUGGGCCACCGAUGGAAAAAAUGAAGGUCAGAAAGUAGUUCACAGUAAAAAAAUUUUAAAAAGUAGAAGUGAACCAAGCACUUCAUUGAAAUGGGAAGUGAAAAGAGGAAACUGCAGAUACCUUGUAAGGUUAGGUGGUUUGUUGCCAUAGAAAUGGAUAUUCUCCCGUUUGAACUUGGUCAAGGUUAUGUACUCGUUGUGUAUUUCAUUCUAAUUCCUUUCUGUUGCUUUGAAAUUCUUUAUCCAGCUCAUAUCUGUGUUCCUUAUUGUAACUGAAGAACCAAAGUUCUCUCCAUUUAAAAAAAAAAAAAAAAUGUUAUAAAACUUUAAAUUUGUAAUAAACAUAAAAUAGAGGAGAUA